GUAUUUAAAAAUGGUUAACUUCUCAAAGCUAGUCGCAGGUGACGUGUUCGUCCCAUUGUUCAAAGCCGCCACCAGCACUGCUACAAGGAAAGCAAUCUCUUUACUCAUCCUCGGCCUCAUUGCUUAUGGAAUCAGAAAAAGAGCACAGAAGUUCGACAGAAGCGUCAAAGAAGAAGCCAUCGAAAACAAAAGUGAGAGAAAGAAAUAAAUCCAAGGGAACUGUCGACAAAGUGUUCUUUAGGAGAGCCUGGAAACUACUCAAAAUCGUUAUUCCGUCAUGGAAGUCAUAUGAAGUGUUGAACCUUGUCGGCCUCUCAAUCACCUUGGUUGCAAGAACGUUUUUAUCAAUCUAUCAAGCAACUAUUAAUGGCGGCACUGUCAAAGCAAUUGUAAGCAGAGAUUUCAAAGCAUUUGUUGGGUCUGUGAUCUUCCUGUGGCUGUUCUCGAUUCCCGCAUCCACAGUGAACUCAGCCUUAGACUAUUUCAACAAGAACUUGACGAUGCUGUUCAGGAGGAGACUUACUCAGCACUUCAACAGCAAAUAUCUUGACAAAAUGAUAUAUUACCAAAUUUGCAAUUUAGACAACAGGAUCAAGAACCCAGAUCAGAGACUGACUCAGGACAUUGAGAAGUGGGCGACAUCUCUGAGCAACCUGUACUCCAACUUCUCGAAGCCUUUGCUGGACAUUGUGUUGCUCUCAAGAAAACUUGCAGAGUUAGUUGGCUGGGAGGGGCCUGCAAUGAUGAUCGCCUGGUACUUCGUUUCAGGAAUCUUUAUUCGAUUCAUAACUCCAACAUUCGGAAAGCUGGUUGCCAAGCAGCAAGACUUAGAAGGCAAGUUCAGAUCGUGCCACUCCGAUCUACUCAACCACUCAGAAGAAAUUGCUUUUUACAAUGGUGCAAGAUGGGAGAGGAAGAGAAUUAACAACACUUACGACGAGCUCCACCAGCACAUCUCGAAGACAAUGGGUGCCAGGUUCUACCAAGGAAUAUUCGACUCCAUGAUCACCAAAUACGGAGCAGUCUUGGUCGGGUACACUGUCCUGGGACUCCCUGUCUUCGGACGGAACAGCGAGCAGUACCUGAGCACUGUCUCUGACGACCCAUCCCAAAUUUUCAGAGACUACAUCAGAAACUCAGGAAUGCUGAUUUCUCUGGCCAAAGCCAUCGGCAGAAUCGUGGUCUCGUACAAAGAAGUCCAGAACCUGGCAGGCUACACUUCUCUUGUGUACGAAGUCGAGGAAGUGCUCUGCGACCUGGACCAAGGCACCUACAAGAGACACAUCGUCGGAGGCAGCGACAAAGAGAAAGUUGACAUGAGCCAGAGAGGCACCUACUUCGAAGGAGACGGCAUCACGUUUGAAGACGUGCCGAUUGUGUCACCAAAUGGAGACUUGCUGAUCAGAGCCAUCAACUUUGAGGUUACGACAGGAAUGAACUUGUUUAUCACUGGUCCAAAUGGAUGUGGAAAGAGUUCUCUGUUCAGAAUCAUGGGUGCUUUAUGGCCAUUAUUUGGAGGAAAGGUGCACAGACCAAGCAAUGAAGCUAUUUUCUAUAUCCCUCAAAGACCAUAUCUCCCAACUGGAACUUUAAGAGAUCAAAUUAUUUACCCUCAUAAUAAACUUCAAAUGCGUAAGAAGAGAAUGACCGACAAGAAACUUAAAGAACUUUUGAAAAUUGUUCAAUUGGAAAAGUAUAUUGAUAAAGGAAAGGGACUUGAUGAAUUUGCCAACUGGAAUGCUGUUAUGGCCGGUGGUGAAAAACAAAGAAUUGCUAUGGCUAGGCUGUUCUACCACAAACCUAAAUUUGCUAUCCUUGAUGAAUGUACUAGCUCUGUCAGUCUUGAUAUUGAAAGAAUUAUGUAUACCCACUCUAAAGAUCUUGGAAUCACUCUUAUCACUGUUUCUCACAGACCUACUCUUUGGAAAUAUCAUGACUAUUUGCUCAGAAUGAAUGGUGAAGGAGAUUACACCUUUGAAAAGAUAUUGAAGGCCCCAAAAGCAGUUCAAAACAACUAAAUUACUAGUCUUAGGUUCAAAAAAUUAAUUAU